UACCAUCCAUUAGUGGCUUUUUCUUUCAUCACCAUGCCUCCUCCCAGUUCACACACAAAUGUACACACACACAUUUAUUGGGUUAUUAUUCCUUUGUUGUUGUUGUUGUUAUGCAGAUAUUUCCAAAGGCUUAAUUAAAAUAUGUACAUAUUUAUAUAUCUAUAUAUGUUUUCAGUAAACUGUGGAUUUCUGUAUCAGUAGAAUUAUGGACAGUAGAAAAUCUUAGCAAUAUUCAGAAUUCCGCCCUGGUAGAUUUAGGUGCUUAAAUGCUUCUGACAUGAGCAAUGCCUUUAUUUCCUUUUUUGAAAGAAAAAAAUGUGUUUGUAUAUAACUCAUUUAAUGGUCCUUCUACGCAUUAAAAAGGAUCAGACCUGGAUCCAGAGAGGGAUUCUAGAAGGAUAGGGAGCUUCUUCUGCAUAUUUUUCUGUUAACUCAAAACAAAUAGUUGCGCUUUGUUCUACCCUUUUUCAUCUCCAAACUGAACCCAUUUGUUUGGUAAUAAUAUUGAUUUCACUGAGACUUUAUUUGAAUGAUGUUACACAUGGCAUCCUCAUAUAGUUUAAGGAAAGAAAGGGGAAAUGUUAACAUGUAUGCACAAUUCCCAAUAUAUAAUUAGGAUUUUCAAAAGAGAUAAUGGGUGGGAUGGGAAAUAUCAUUCAAAACCUUGCUGAUUAUCUGUUGUAUAUUUUUAUUUUUCUAAAGUAUAGGAUUAUGCCUUUUUUUUAAACAAUUAGUCCUUCUAAAAGGGUAAAAUAUUGUAAAUAGAUAGAGUAGAAAAAGGAAGGCUAGACUUCCUUUGAUAAGAAGAUUACCGGGAUCCAUGUAAUUAUUUAAUAUAAUUGAUCAUGAAGCAUUUUCAUUUCUUCUUCUAUUGACCUAGUUUUAAAUUUCAAUAUCAUGGUAUUGUAGAUGUAUUCUUUCUCCAUUUUUGUUUAAUAUUUUGUUUAAUAUUUUAAUAUUUUGUUUAAUAUUUUAAAGAAAACAAUAUUUAGGGAAGACACCCCACUCCAAAUCUAAAAUAAGAAUGCAUUCAUGUGCUAGAAAAUACAGGUGAAGGCUUUAUUUAGUAGUAGCAGCAUGAAAUUAUAGUAUAGUGCACUGGUGCCAUUAUGUAUAUUAUAUUUUAAUAAUGUGAAGAGGAUAGCACCUGGACUAUAAAUCUAACUCUUAGUAAUAAUAAUAAAAAGGAGUAAUUCACGUUAUCCUAGCUAAACAACACCAUUAUGCUUAUAUUUAUGGGGGGGAAAUGAGGUGGAGAAAAUUUGCAAGCCCUUCAAAUGUUCCUGAAUUCUCCCUUUCUCUGUGUCUCUUAAAAGCCCAUGAAAGAAUUCUAUUUAAAAAAAAAACAUUGCAGGAGCUUUCUAUUGAAUACAAAUUUAAAAUCAGCACUGACUUUAAAAUACCUCUACUUCUCCUUCCUCUUGAAGUUGCUGCUCAUUUACUAUUGUUACAGAGAAUCAGUUUUUUAAUUGUUAAUUUUGGUACCUAAUUUCCAAAGAAAUAUAUACUGAAUUAGUUUACACACACACACACACACACACACACACACACACGCGGCAUCCUAUAGUGUGUGUGUGUAUGUUCCCAACACCCCCAUUUUUGCUAUUUUUUCCUUAAUCUAAACCCCAUAAUCCCUAACAAUUUGUACUUAAUAAUGGGAUUGUAAGAGAGAUGUCAUAAUUUUGCUAUAAUGGGCUGUAACCCCAAUUCGACCUCAGCCUUGCAGCAGCCCCGGGCGGAGAAAGGUGAAGCUCUAACAAGUCUCCAGAGGGUGGCGCACGAGGCCGACUGACAGUCAGGAGCUGGUAACGGGCUCGCGCGCCAGGCGCGCGCCCCAGCCCUCUAGCAUCCACCCAACUCCGCCAUUUAGUACGCGAGUUUACCUCUAGAGGUCAUCAGGCAGGAUUUACGACUGGACAACAAAAGCACGUGAUAUGAAGUCGUACCCCAUAUUUGGGUGCCUACGUAGGAGGGAACCAAGUACUUGUCCCAGUCAUUUCCAUAAUUCAUCAUAAAUUGUGCAAGGGUGUUAUAGACGCACCAAAAACGAAGCAAAGAGCCACAAAUCAAGGCCCCCCGAUUAAAAAAAAACCAACAACAACAACAAAAAAAAAACCCCAACAAGCCCCAACAACAACAACAAAUGAGCUCCUAUUUUGUAAACUCAUUUUGCGGUCGCUAUCCAAAUGGCCCGGAGUAUCCGUUACAUAAUUAUGGAGAUCCGAGUGCCGUGAGCGAGCAAUUCAGGGAAUCGGCCAGCAUGCAUUCCGGCAGGUACGGCGGUUACGGCUACAAUGGUAUGGACCUCAGCGUCGCCCGCUCUGCUUCCAGCCACUUUGCGCCAGGGGGGGCCACAGAGAGGGCUCGCGGCGACAGUUACCCCUCCAGCGCCAGCGCCAACGCCAGCGCCGCUACUCCCGACGCCAGGUACACCAACCGGGCGGCGGCCGCUCACUCGCCUGCGCCUGAGUCUCUGCCUUGCGUCGCCGUGGCCGCCUCGCCUCUGAGCGGCGACGCUCACCAUGGUGGGGGGAAAACCUCCACCGUUAACUCGACCACCAGCACUUCGUCCACGUCCGGCGGCACCGCCAGCGCCGGAGGCACAGCCAGCACCAGCACCAGCACCAGCCACCUGGGCAGAGAAGGGCUUAGCACGUCGCCGGUCGCCCAGGAGGAUCCUCCCGCCAACAGCGAGCAGGCGGCCGCCCAGCAGAAUGACCAAAACACAGCGCAACAGGCUUCCCAGCCCCAGAUCUACCCCUGGAUGAGAAAACUUCACAUAAGCCAUGACAACAUAGGGGGGCCCGAAGGGAAAAGGGCUCGGACUGCUUACACCCGCUACCAGACCUUGGAGCUGGAGAAAGAGUUUCACUUCAAUAGGUACCUGACCCGCAGGAGGAGGAUUGAAAUAGCACAUGCUCUUUGCCUCUCAGAAAGACAAAUCAAGAUCUGGUUCCAAAACAGGCGCAUGAAAUGGAAAAAGGAUAACAAGCUGAAGAGUAUGAGCAUGGCAGCUGCAGGAGGAGCCUUUCGCCCUUAAGAGAAAUGCCAGCCCUGCUUCUCCCGCCACCCACCCACUCCCCAUCCCAGAGAGGGAAAAACAAUACAAGUAUAAAAACACCACAACAAUUCAACAGUAUUAUAUAAGCCCUGACCCUGCCUGGGCACGUCAGUAAUUUCUCUUUGCUUAACUUCCCUAGAAGGGCGAACAAACGCUCUGCUGAUGUAUCUUAAUAAUCACGAGCCUGUUUAAUUGAGCUUCCCCUAGUGCGCUGCUGCGUGUUACAGUAGAUCGGCUUCCCUGUGCAUUUCUUUGUCUUGAAUAGCUAAAAUAGAUGUUUUAACUUAUUUAUAUGAAGCAAGUGGCGCUACUUGAAGUAACUGUAAAAACAGGAAAAAAAUAGUCCUAAGCAAACACUAGAAAAAAAAGGAAAGGAGAAAGGUUUUCUUUCCUUCCUUCCCGCCCUCCCUCCCUCCCUCUCGCACCCCACAAUCAGUCUGGUUUAAACCCAGUGUUUUUCUCUGUGUUGUUGCCCUCGCUGUGCUUAACCAUGCAUGUGUGUUUGAAUGUGUCAGUGUAUGUAUAACUCCAAGCUGUGGCCAAGAUUUCCAAUCAGAAAAAAAUACUACCUAAUUCCUGUGUCAUUAAUGGCUGUUGUAGAGGUAAUAAUGAAAAACAAUCUGAACUUGUCCAAACGUGUAGUGAAUAGUGAAUCUGUGACGAAAACUGUGAUUCCAGACAGUAUGUCCUUGCUGUGCCUUUGUAUAUGACUUUUUGCACGAACUCUUAAAAAUGGCUUUUAUUAAGCGCAGCUUGGGGGGGGGAGUAUAGGGGUUGGGGGGGCUGUUGUUUUUGUUUUGUUUGUGGACAAAGUUACAAAUAGAGUCAAAGUCUGACUGUUUGAACAAAAAUGUGAUUUUUUUUAAAGAAAUGUGGAUUUUUUUAAAAAAAUAACUGACUGGAAAAAUAAACUUUCUUUUAUAAGA